AUGGCAUUUCUAGGCGGAACAUAUCUGUCCACUGGAUCAGAGAUGCUGCUGCCGCUGCUCUUGCUAUCCCAGAUCUUGGGAGGGUCUCUGUCCCAGGCCCCAGGGUAUGAGCUGAAGGCCCCAGCAUCUGUGACAGCACAAGAGGGACUGUGUAUCCAGGUCCCCUGUUCUUUCUCCUACCCUUCAUAUAUCAGCCCCCAUGACUUCCCGGCUCUUGGAUCCUGGUUCAGGAGUGGAGCCAACACUGACAAAGACAAACCAGUGGCUACAAAUGACCCAAAAAAGGAUGUUCAAGAAGAGGCCAGGGGGCGAUUCCAUCUUGUUGGGGACCCUGGGAAGAACAACUGCUCCCUGAGCAUCAUAGAUGUGCAGAAAAAUGACAGUGGGCAAUACUUCUUCUGGAUAGAGAGAGGAACUGCUGUGCAAUUCAAUUACAAGGAUUAUAUGGUUAAUGUGAGUGUGAAAGCUCUUACACAGAAGCCAGACAUCUAUAUUCCAGAGACUUUGGAACCUGGACACCUGGUGAAAGUGGCUUGUCUGGUCCCCUGGAUCUGCGUGUGGGGGAUACCACCUGUUUUCUCUUGGACAGGGGCUGUUCUUUUCACCCAGAAACUCAGCAGGGAAACCCUCUUUUUCUCUGAGCUGACCCUCACCCCAAGAGCCCAGGAUCACGGCUCGAAUCUUACCUGUCGAGUGACCCUCCCUGGGGCUGGAGUAAGCACAGAGAGAAGUGUGCAGCUCAUGCUGGCUGGGGAAGAGAAAAGCUCCUGGCCUCUGGUGCUGACCCUGCUCAGAGGGGGCCUCAUGGCAGUUGGCUUCCUCCUCACCUAUGGCCUCACCUACCUCUAUUAUAGCAGAAAGUCUGCUUCCUCAGGACAGGGACUGGACCAUUUCUUGGCUUUCUAUGGCCUGUGA